AAACAAAGUCCAUUGUCGUGGAGGAGGAAUUAGAAUCAAGAGCAGAAACAAAUGGAGUUUGUAUGGACUCUGGCAGCGCUUCUUGCAACCCUAGCUCUGUUGUUAGUUUUGCUGUUACUCCGUCCAAUCAUCGUUGAAGCCUACAAGCGAAGACACCAUAACAAGUACGUUGAUGCUCCUGCUAUCUUCGAGGAUCCGAAUUCGUUGAAAAAGGUUCCAUGCCCCCACAUCCAUGACCCGGCAGAGAAGUAUAUAUCUUUGAUAGUUCCUGCAUUUAAUGAAGAACAUAGGCUUCCUGCAGCACUUGAUGAAACCAUGAAUUAUCUCCAACAACGUUCAGCAAAGGAUAAGUCAUUUACUUAUGAGGUGGUGAUUGUUGAUGAUGGAAGUGCUGAUGCCACAAAAAGAGUAGCUUUUGGCUUUGUGAAAAAAUAUACAGUGGACAAUGUAAGAGUUAUACUUCUUGGGAGAAAUCAUGGCAAGGGAGAAGCUAUUCGAAAAGGCAUGCUUCAUUCUCGUGGUGAAUUACUUCUAAUGCUGGAUGCUGAUGGUGCAACAAAGGUUAAUGACCUUGAGAAACUUGAAAAUCAGAUUCAUGCUGUUGCCAAAAAGGAGUUUAAAUUAGGAGAUGGAGCUGCUAGGCAUUCAAAUUUUAGAAUAUCUGAUUUUCCGGUUGCUGCAUUUGGUUCUCGUGCUCAUCUCGAGGAGAAGGCUUUAGCAACAAGAAAGUGGCACCGCAAUUUUCUGAUGAAGGGCUUUCAUCUUGUUGUUCUCUUAACUGCUGGUCCCGGAAUUCACGAUACACAGUGUGGUUUCAAGAUGUUCACCAGGGCUGCAGCAAGGAAACUUUUCACAAACAUCCGGCUGAAAAGAUGGUGCUUUGAUGUUGAGAUCGUUUAUCUAUGCAAACGUUUCAGUAUCCCCAUGCUUGAAAUUUCUGUAAACUGGUCUGAAAUUCCUGGAUCCAAGGUGAAUCUAUUAAGCAUUCCCCACAUGCUUUGGGAGCUUGCAAUCAUGUCCUUCGGAUAUUGGACAGGAAUGUGGGAAAUUUGCAUAUGACUAUUCAUAAUGGAGUUCAUUUAUGAGAACUAUUGUGGUCUUCCUGGCCUCUUCUGAUCUCAUGCAAUUAUGGACAAAAGAAGCUGAUAUGAUCCCGACCUCAGGGGUGAGGAGCAAAUUUCUAUUUCUUUUGAGUUUGAAAUGCAAGCACAGUCUAAUCUUUCUGCUCAUUUUUGUAGUACUAAUUGAGUGAUCACAUUUUUUCUUUAUUUAUCAUUUCUUGCUCACUGAACUCAGAGUUUAGCUCCUUGUUUAAAGAACUAUGUAGUUGAGUUAUACGAUACAUUCAUAUGAAACCAGAACUCAUGUUAACGAGAC